AUGGUUAUAUCUAGGGGUUAUAAGUUAGAGAAUGUGUAUGGAAGUUUACAGAAAAUAUUUAAUAAUGAGCAAAGAAUGAUGGAAGUUAGAGUAGAUAGACCAAAGGGUAGAAAAACAGGAGUUGUAGAGAAAACAUUGGAAAAUGAGACUAUGUUCUUUGUCACCAAAUAUACUAUAUUUUCACAAAGAAUGAUAAAGGUGAUCAAAGAAUAUUGGAAACAAAUUAGAAGGGAUGCCCAGUCAUUGUCACAAAUAGAAUUAGGAAUUUCUUACCAAAGGGGGCGAAAUUUAAAGGAUUUCCUGGUGCAUGAAAAAUAUGUAAGACUAAUAGAGAAAAUGCUGAAAAAUGUGGAAAUGAAAGGAACAUUUCCUUGUGAUGCCACUGACUGUAUAAAAUGCUCAGAAGACUCAUGGUCUGAUGAAGGAAGAAGAAUCUGUGUUCCAAAGGUUGUAGAGUACCUGUCAUACAGCGAUCCACUGGGUGCAGCCCUGACGUCUGUUACCAUUUUUCUUUCUCUCAUUCCUGCCUUUGUACUUUGGAUUUUCAUUACAUAUCGUGACACACCGAUAGUAAAAGCAAACAACCAGAAUCUCAGCUAUUGUUUGCUAGUAGCUCUCAGCCUUUGCUUUCUCUGUGCAUUAAUAUUUAUUGGAAAACCAAGCAAGAUAACCUGCUUUAUCAAACAGUCUGCAUUUGGCAUAGUAUUUUCAGUUUGUGUCUCAAUUAUUUUAGCAAAAACAAUUACAGUUGCUAUUGCAUUUGGUGCAACAACUCCCGGAAGUUUCCAGCAGAAGUGGGUGGGAUCCAACACACCAAGUUUCAUAGGACUUCUUGCUACUGUUUUAGAAAUUUCUAUUUGCUCCAUUUGGCUUGGAUAUUCAUCACCUUUUCCAGAGGAAAACAAAGACUCAUAUAAAGACAAAAUAAUCAUAGAAUGCAAUGAAGGAUCUAAAAUAAUGUUUUACUGCAUGCUUGGAUACCUUGGUCUACUGGCAACUGUAUGUUUCAUAGUUGCUUUUUCAGUUAGGAAACUGCCAGACAGAUAUAAUGAGGCUAAAUUCAUUACAUUUAGCAUGUUAGUUUUUGUUAGUGUCUGGCUGUCAUUUAUUCCAGCAUACCUGAAUACCAAAGGCAAAUAUGUAGUUGCUGUGGAGAUAUUUGCAAUUUUGUCCUCAGGGUUUGGGUUACUGAGUUGCAUUUUUUUCCCAAAGUGCUUUAUUAUUCUACUGAGGCCUGAUUUAAAUACAAGAGGAACUAUUACACAGAAAUCCCAUUAA